CCCGUAAAAGUUCUGCUGGCAGUGGGCGGGAGUCGAUAGCUGAGCUUCUCACGAGAUGACUGGAGGGGAUCACUUCUGCCUAAACUAUUCUGCCAAACAGAAUUCUGGGUAAGUAUAAGAGCAAUCCAUCUUCCUACCUACCGUCCACGUCACCCCAAAGAGGUUUUUCGAGCACCUCAGCGGUUCAUACCACCUCGCACAAAUAAUGCGUUUCUCCUUCCUCGCCCUUAUUGUUGCGCUGACAACAUCUAUAACGUUUGUCAGUGCGUGUGCGCCAGUGGAAGCGCCUUGUCUACAUGACGGUGACUGCUGCGAUAAAGAGGAUAAAUGCGUUCAAACUGUAAGUAGGGGUAGUUUGCUUUGCAUCAAAUUUUCACUUGAUGACUCACCCUUUGGGCCUUGUAAUAUCAGGCGGAUGGUGCUCAAAUGUGCUAUCAUAAAGGCGAUUAGCCCCAAAGAGGAGGCCGUUAAAUUUGCACGUAGCAACACACUGCUGGGUCAUGUUUCCGCUUUCCCAUUGAGGAAAUGCCGCAAAGUGAAUGAAGUAUUUGCGCACUUGUUGGUUUUGGUGUAAAUGGAACCCAGGCUUGUAAUCCGAAAUAGUUUG